UGAUAUUUGAACUUUUAAUUGUAUUUUUAAAUAUUCCAACUAUAUUGAUUAAUAAUAACCAUAGCAGCCAUGGGAAUUACCAGGUCGAGACGUAGGCGCUUGCUUUUUGCUAAUAGUUGCGGCCGCCGCUCCAAUCUCCACGCGAUAUAUAAAGAGCAAGAAUACUUUUCAAGUCCACAAGACGCACCAAAUAAAGCGCACCGCGUUCGUAUCAGCAUUGCUGGGACAGAUACGCGCCAACAACAGGACAACCAGGAUUGUAUCGAAUCACGAGAAACUCCAAGCCACAAAAUCUCAAACACCAAUACGUCCCUGAACAUUGUAAAUGGAUGGUGUACAUCAGAUCGACAAACACCAUUGUCAGAAUAUACUACGCCAGCGUCAGCUGAUGCUUGCCCAAACAAAAGCCCUGUGCCUGUGCCAUCAGACACGACAACAUUUUUUCAAGCUACAAGCAACUCUCGCCAUCAGAACGACCUUUACAGAAGCAUAUAUGGACGUCAAUUGAAUACCAGUGAAUCAGUUUAUGACUACAAUAUGCUCUCACUUGACAACAUUGCUGCACGCCGCUGGCCUAUGCCGUUUUCUUCGGCUAUGCACUACUCGACAAGCAACUAUGUCGAUACCGCCAGCUUUAGCUCAUGCAUUGGCAGAGGCCAGAGAGUCAUCAAUUGCAAUACUAACGAUAUGUACAGCCAGGUGCCCGCUGCAAUCCCAUCUUUUACAAACAGCGUGUACUCUUUGCCUACAGCAGCUGGUUUGUCUCAAAGAAUUCUCAAUGGUACUCGCAACAGCAACGGUAAUUACAACCGCAGCAGUCGCCUGAUGCAGAACAUUGCAGCCACAGGGACCGGCAGUUCCAACAAGCGUUUCAGUUCGCCUUUGCCUGAGUGUUUUUCUGACAACUCUUCUGUAAACAACAGCAAAACUAGACUAGGAUCGGGAUCCAUUACGGAUUACACCGAUCCUGUGCUGACCAUGCUGGACAUAAAACAACAGCCGGGGACCAAUUCAACGGGGGCCUCAAAAACACAUGUCAAUGCAUCGGCUGAGCCGAUCAAUUUGGGGAUUGUCAAGCCUGCAGAUCUUUACCGAAUGCGGGAUUCCUCAAUAUUAUGGAUGAAUGGUAUUGACAGCGAGCUGGAGCACCAUUUGGAUUAUCAACAAGCGCAGAAUGGUGCUGAUGAUGGCCCGGCCAAACUAAGCCUCGAAAACAGCAGCAGCAACAGCGGCAGCAGCAGAAGCAGAAUAAGUGGCGGCGCUGGCACUGGGUUAGGCGUUGGAAAUGACAUUGAUACUAGCGUUGGCGGGAGCGGCAAUUCUAAUAACAUUGCGAGUAACAAUUUACAUCAUACGAGCAAAGACGACCAGCACACAGGCUCUGGCAAAUUUAUGUUUUACUCGGGCCAAACUGGAGCCAUGUUUGCGUCGUCAUUGGUAGAGCCAGUCUGCGGCGCUCUUGGAAUCGACUCCCUCAUAGACACAGUGCUCACUCCCAGUUCGGGAAAUACAAUCAACAGCAAAGAAAUGUGUGGUAGCACCUGUUUUUGGUUGGAUAUAGCCGGAGCAACCACCCAGGAAAUCACUGACAUUGGCGAAAUAUUUGAGCUUCAUCCGCUAACUGUCGAGGACAUUAUUUUCAGCUGCCCGCGCGACAAAAUAGACACAUUUGCCGACUACUCAUUCAUAGUUUACAGCGCCAUUGCACAGAACGGACGACACAACCGACAUGUGCGCAAUGCCAGUGGCUGCAGCUAUAACCGACUUGGCUGCGCCAAUCCGCUGGUUGAUCCGAUCACAAGAGUAAUGGAUUACGAAAUCGCAAGCGGCAACCAAGUGUGCAUUGUUGUCAGGCAUAACUAUAUUCUGACAUUUCACAGUGGCAGCCAGAGGCUAGUAGUGUCGCAGGUGCUGAAGCGCUUGUUGGCAAUGCAAAGCGCGGUGGAAAUUGCAGAGAGUGAGGCAACGCCGUCGGAGAAAGCGAAGGAUGCGCCGGCAUACACAAAGGACGCUCCACUCGCCGGUCUCGUUGAUUUCCCGCUCUACAUUGUAUACGCAAUACUCGAUGAGGUGACAGAUCAACUGUCGCCAGAGAUUCUUGUCAUCGAGCAGCAGGUGGACGCGAUUGACGAGCUGGUCUUGGUUCUCUCGCACACGGAGCAUGAAAACAUGCUGCGCCAGAUGGGCGAGCAGCGCCGAAGAAUUCUCGCAACGUGGCAGUGCACUCAGCCAAAGCUCAGCAUCAUCGAAAGACUGGCACAGCUGCUGCCACUACACGCCGGCAUUGCGCAUGGCCACCUAGCCGAUGAAGUCGCGCAGUAUUUGAGCGAUGUGCAUGGUCACCUUUUGGCUGCUGUCAGCUCAUGCACGCGCGCGGAAGCCGUUCUGUCGAGAUCACACUCGAAUUACUUGGCCAAAAUAUCCUUGGAACUGGCACGCGCGACGUUUGACUCCAACUCUACCACCGAACGAUGGACUAUGCUGGGCACCAUUGUUGUGCCUAUCAAUAUUGUUUCAAGCUUUUUGGGCGUCAAUCUAAAGGUCCCUGGGCAGGAUCGAGACGACACGCUGAACUUCUUCCUGGUCAUGGGCUGUAUGAUUAUCUACGCGUGCGCUACACUGGCUUUUUGGCGGUGGAGGCAGAUCAUCUAAGCAUUGCAGCGUAACGGCCACGGCCAAGUUCAAAUGCGAAUACAAAUAUUUACCGAACCAAUGAAAGGGGGCAAGGAAGCUGUGCGCCCAAAUGCAUUUCAAGUGCAUUCAACUCUCCCCUGAACAAAAAUAAAACAAGAAAAGAGACCAUUGUAAUUACCUAGAUGACGACAGAAAUUGCUCGCACAACCUUCCCACUUGCUUGCGGGACAAUCAAUCAUAUGUGAACGCAAAUGCGCUUGCAUAUUUUAAAAACUUACGAUUCACAAAAGCAGAAAGCAAAAUUUGCAAAAUAUUGAAGUUUGAGCCAACGUACGAUACUGGGAUCAAGUCAUGGCAAACAAAAGCAGCGCAAAAAGUUGAUGCACGACGAACUGUCAAAACAGAGCUUUUAACAUUAAUAUUAACACAGCGUGCACAAAACAAUAAAAAAAUAAUGACAGAGAGUGAACAGCAAAUAAAAAUAAGAGGCGCCCAAAAAU